AUUUCUACAUAAAAAUGUCCUAUGUGACAUAAUUGCUGACCACUUCCCUUUUUGCUUGUUAAAUUCCUUAGUGACUCAGAAAUGAUUAUCUUGCCUUAGCAAGUGUUGUUCAGACCACAGUUUGUCAGUGCAUCCUUAUAUUUGUAAUUCAAAUAACUGAGCAAUCUAUUCAGAUUCUGCUGCAUGUCAUCUGAUAAAUGGUUUCUUAUGAAAAUGCAUAAGCAUGAUAAAGAUUCUUCGCUUGUUCAGGUAUGCAAACUGAAUGAGCUCAUUCUGUUUUGAGGGCACAUGUUUGACUAGGUCAUCAUGAAUCACAUUAUCUCAUGUCUCCAUGCCAGUGCUCACAUACUUCACUAAGUGUGUUAGUGAGUAAUAAUCAUGUGUCUCUCUCUGCAGCUUCAUGCCACACUCAGGAGAAAGCAAGAGGAAAUAUCUGCCCUGAAGGCGACAAAUGCCCAGCUGAGAAAUCUGGCUGAACAGACUGAAAAUUAUGCCACAAUACUAGAUGCCCUGACAACAUCGUUCCAGAGAGACUCUGUAUCACACUGCACUCCUGUGAGGCCAACAGAGGAUCAUUCUUCUGAACACUCCUGGAUCUCUCUGCUGACACAGGAAGAGCCAUCAGAUCCAUCAUCCACGGCUUUAACUAACUCCACCACCACUGACAAACAAAGCCCAACAUCAGGGGUCAAGUGGCAGCUGUGGUCCAGCUGGGAUGACCUUCUCUGCGAAGAUGCUGAAGACAACAUCUUGAACUGUCCGUCCAGUUCCAAGCAGCCCAGGCUUGAAAAUGAACUUGUACAAGUAAACUUGGAGCAUCUGAAGGCCCAGCUGGACCAGGAUGAACAGGCUCCUCAGCAACUAAGUGAAGAUUCAGGCCUGACCCAGAAUCAAAGCCUUGAGAUGUCCUCUGGAGGGUUGAUCACACAAAGGGUGAACAUAUUUGGGGCUUUCCAUGGGCUUCAAGUGGUUACACAAAGCCCAUCUGUCAUAUCUGAUCUUAAAAUGAGUGGAGAUGAUGAAAAAGUGUGCUUCAAGACCGCAAUCAGGGACCACAGUACAGUAAAGACCAAGGUUUUCCCACAUGGAAAGGCUUUCACUUCUCACACACCAAGUGGAUCUUGUAGGUUCCUUUGGGUUCCUAAUGAGCACUGAACAGCUUUAUGAUUCGAAGAGUUGAAUUUGUGAAAAAACUACUUUGUUCAGUUUAGAUCAACAAAGGUCCUUAUUUGAGCAAGGCUGCUUUUGAAUUCCCACCAUUGGUCAACC